AGACGCAUUGCUCGAAAGUUCUAGGGUUUCCUCCUCAUUUCCACAAGUCAGUAGCGGAGAUCUCUCGCAAUCAUGAGUUUGAGCAAUGGGAUGAGGACCUGUGCCAAGGUCUUGAUGUCUUCAGAAGCAUCGCUAUCGAAAUCAGCUACUAGGGGCUUCCAUUCAACUGGAGUAAAGAGGAUGGGCGGACAUGGCCAUGAUGAACCCUUCUACAUGCAUUCCAAGCACAUGUAUAACUUGGACAUGAUGAAGCACCAGGCAUUGAAGAUGAGCCUUGGGGUGUUCACUGCCUUCAGCAUCGGUGUGGGUGUUCCAGUAUAUGCUGUCAUCUUCCAACAGAAGAAAACAGCCUCCGGUUGAUAUGGUUGAACGCAGCAAUAAGAGACGCAGAAUUAUGCAGUCUAGACAUUCUCUUGGAUCCAUUUCUCAUUAUUACUUGUCUUGUGAAAAGUAUUGUUUGAUAAUUUUGUGUUAACCAAAUCAUGCACAUAAGAAUCAGAUUUUGAGCUUU